AUGUCGGCUUAUUCCAACUCGCAAAUAACUGCAUGGCUUCAACAUAUUCGCCUACCCUCGUCAUACAAACAAUACACAUACAAUCCAGCAGCCUUUCCAAAAACAGAAGAAUCUUUGAAAGCUCUGUUUCGCGCCCAGAUUACGACUUUUCCUUAUGAAAAUCUUUCUGUUCAUUAUUCCUCCACCCAUCUGGUCGAUAUCCAGCCUGAUGCGCUAUAUACCAAAAUGAUGGGGCCCAUCAGCAAUGGCAGAGGUGGUUAUUGCAUGGAACUUAGUAUAUUUUUCCAUCAUAUGCUAAGAGGACUUGGAUUCCAUGUAUAUAUGACUGGCGUACGCAAUCGUACGCGAACAAAUGGAGUGCCGCAAGGGGAGACUCAAGGCUGGACUCAUAUCAACAACAUCAUCCACCUCCCGGACGGAUCUAAGUUUACUGCGGAUGUAGCCUUUGGUGGUGAUGGGCCAACUUUGCCCCUUCGCAUGGAUGAGAAAGCCACGAUACACAGUAAUCUAGGCAGUCAAGACGUCCGCCUUAUUCAUGAUGUACUUCCAAAACAACGACUAUUGGAUCCCAAGGUAUGGAUAUACCAAUACCGCAACGGCGCAGAUAAACCGUGGAAUUCAUUUUACAGCUUUUUGGAAGUCGAAUUCUUUCAAGAGGAUUUUGAAGUGCAAAAUUGGUGGGCAAGUGCGAAGACGUUACAUCGAUGGACAGUAUUGGCGGUAAGAUUUUUGCGAGAGGGGGAACCUGUCAAGUAUCCGCACCAAGACUGGAAAGCUGAUUGUGGGGAGGAAAUUAACAUCGUUGGCAAGGUGAUGCUGGUCAAUAAUCUGGUCAAACUGAAUAUGGGUAAUAAAACAACGGUAAUCUUGCAAUUUGAUUCGGAAAAACAGAGAUUGAGCGCGCUGCGGGAGUUUUUUAAUAUUCGACUGACAGAAGAAGAGAUUCGAUCAAUAAAUGGAUGGGAUAUGGCGCUGACCGAUUCCAACUAG